GUUCACUAAUCGGGCAAUGGCAUCGGAUGUGCUGACAGAUUUCCUGGUUCCCUUCUUGGUUCAUUCAGAUACCUUGGGAUCCAUUGGGAGCUUGGCAUUUCCACGAAGAGCAAAUCUACUAGUCCAGGUCACUGAGAGACAUUUCCAUGAGGAUGAAAUUGCCUUGAAGAUUCAACGGAAAGUACCAGAGGGAUGGGGAAUUGAACAGUUUUUUCAUGAUCACAUGGACAUGCCAAAGGACGUAUGGCUUCCUGAGACGGAGUGGCUCAUUUGGGACGCACAGGUCAGUUUACCACCUCUUCACCAGACAUGCUGGAUUCUUGGGGUCUUUGAUCAGGAUUUCUUCCGGGGAAACUUGGAGCAUGCCUUUGUAGCUGAUGAUAAAACCAGUGUCAUUCCAUUGCAUGAGCAUGUUGGAUCACACACCUCCAUACGCCUUUUGGAACUCUAUGCUGGGGUAUUUGGGGGCUGGAAGUCUGCCCUCUCACUCAUGCGACAUUUUGGUAUCACGACACAGGUGGUUGCAAUAGAGGCCAAUCUGGAAGCUUCUGUUGCCUAUGCACUUUCACAUCAUGCCACAUGGGUAGGACCACAAACACCUGUGGAACCAAACCUUUUUGUCAGCUCGAAAGACGACUGGAUUUUGCAGAAGGAUGUGCAUGACCCGGCAAUCAAAUCGGCUAUUGGUCAGUGGGCCCCUAACAUGAUCACCAUUUCUGCACCUUGCCCACCAUGGUCUUCAGCAGCCUAUUCAGCAGGGAUUUCAGAUCGACAAGGUAAUUGUAUAGCAGUGCAGCACGCCUUGGUGCCUAUUGUAGCAGCCAUCAACCGCCUCCUGAACAUGCAAUUGACCACACAAGAGGUUUUCCAACACUUUCACGAAAUCAAACUGAAGCCAAGCGAUUGCCAUGUUGUCAAAUUUGCUCAUGGGUACAUGCUUUGCCAUAAGAAUACUUUGUUCACCACCACUUUCCAGACAAACGCAGAUCUUUGGGAACGACACAUCAAGGGUGAAAUUGCAAUGAAGUUUUGGUCCCCUUUGAAGGGAAUGCUUGCUACCUUUCCAAAGUUUGCACAUCAAGAAGAUUUCAUGGGACCCACAUCCCCAAUCUCGGUGGCAUCAUCACAGGAAACUUGGGUUGAUACGUUGCCAUUUCAGCCGGUCCUGCAAGCCUGUAUCAAGUUUGACACGCAUGUUGAAACCAUUUGGUGUGCAGCAGAUCAUCAAUCCAGCACUUUGGAAGCCAUUUGGGACCACGCCAUGUCACCCACUUUCCAUACGGAAGGGUCAUCAUUUGCUUUCACCAUGCAGCCUAGCUCGGUAGGGAAAGUCACGCGUGAAGAAGAUGCAAUUGUCGUUUUGAUGGAUGGUGAACUCACACUCAUGAAAAGCGAUUCGCGCAAGUCGAUGUUAGGACAGCAGCACAUUUCAUCGCUUGCCACCAUGCUUUUUGAUCAAUUUGGUCCUGUGGCUACCGGCCAGACACCAGAUGAUGAUUUGCUGAUCAUGCCCCAAGAACUGAUGACCGGUCCACUGCAGUAUCCUAUUGUCCUUGUAGCAGCCACAUUUGCACAGGUGAAGGUAACUUGGCAUUGGAGUCCUCACAACAACGUUUUGUCAGCCUACUUUGAGGGUCCAGACCUGCAAGUAGAAACUCUUGCCAAUGAGUGGAAGACCGCCAUUGAUGCCACAUCCCUUGCGACCUUAGGUGUCUGUCCCCCAAGACAGUUUCGAUUGGCAUUGGCGGUGCGCAUGACACGCAAGCUUAUGUCACGGGGUCAAAGGCUGCAACCUGACUUUGCCAUUCGUCAGCUUGAAGUGAGCCAACAUCGCCAACAGAUCCUCAUCCAUGCCGUUUUGGCCCUACGUGGAGGAGGACAAGGAUCCAAAACACAGCAAAAAGCCAUACAGCAAAGUGCACUUGCUUCUGCAUUGCUGGAGCAAGGCCAUGACUUAGCUUGGACAACACGUGCAGUGGAUUCCGUUGUCGAGAAGACUAGUCUUCAGAAACUCCAGACAAUCACCUCCCUGCCAAUGGGAAAUCAGCGAGUUCAGGCCAUCUAUCAGCUCUGCAAAGACAAUGGAGUCAAGAUCCAGGAUGUCCCAAAGCCCGCCACUGGGAAACAGUUCCCAAGUGCACCAUGGAAUCAAAACAAAAGACGCAAAGAACAAGGAAAUGCAAUUGAUCCAACCGAGUUUCAGAUUCUGUCAGGCUUCUUUAUGAACGAGGAUGGCACCAAUGUGCAGCAGCUUGCUAGCAUUUUGCCACAGGCUACUGGUAUUUGCCUUCAAACCCCAGCCCAAGCUGAAGCAUGGAUCUCCGAAGCCCAGACCAUCUCAUGUGAUGAGUUGGGACUGCUGGUGUUAGGUACAUUGCCAGUGACUACGACCCUACAGACCAAACCUGUCACUUUCCCAUGCCUCAAUGCAGCCAAACAAAAGGUACUGUUGCAUGGCCAAUUGGUCCAGCUGGGAAACAAGCGCAUCACAUGCAAAAAAGAUGAUCUCCACAGUAUCACUGAACAGCCAUGUCAGCUUGUCGCAUUGACGAUGUACAAAUCUGAUUUCAAUGACACAGACUGGGCCAUGAUCACUGGCAACCCCAUUGCGCAUGCCAAGAAAGUUUUCACGGCCGAGGGCGUGGAUCAGGCAAUUCAUGCAUAUUGGGGCAAAUCAUUGCGUUGCAACAGGCUUCCUGCUAGCCCAGCUCAGGCGACAUCGGUCCAAUUGCACUGCACAGUUGAGGAACCUAGAUUGCCCAAGCUGUUGUCGCGCAGUGGAUUCAACAAAGUCUUUGCCACACCCAAGACACAAGGGGGCCAAAUUGCAACCCAAUACAAGGUCAUUUGGUAUCCCGGUGAUGUCACAAAGCUUACAACUGCCUCCACCAAAACCAUUGGAUGCCUUGGCCUGGUCAAAGGUAAACAGGACAAGGGCUAUGGAUUGAGGUUCAUGGAUGACAAAUUUGAAGAAGCCUGGCAGGUCCUUCAUCCAGGUGUGCCGACUCCGACGUUGCAGCCAGGCGACAAGCUCUUCAAAAUCCAGGGACUUCCGUUUGGGUGCACACACCAGAUGAUGAUGGAUUGGUCAGAUCACUUGAAAUGGAAGCUCACUCCUGUCAGGGCACUGGGGCCACAGACAUGGUUAGCUAGAUCACCAGAUCAUCCGCCAGAAGGCAUUGUCCUUUUCAAUUCACAGCCACUGCUCAUCCGAUACUUGCCACCCAAGGAACAGAGACCCAACCAAGUCUUGUUGGGGCCCAGAACCAAGCCUGCUCCACCUGAGACCAAGGCUCCAUGGGGGCCAAUGAAUGACCCUUGGGCCAACUACACACCCAACAGUGUGCCGGCAUCAGCCUCACAGACUCUCCGAAGUGUGGAUGGCCCCACUGAAAAGCGCUUGGCUUCCCAAGAUGACAGAAUCAAUGCACUGGCUGACAGCCUCAAAAAACUUGAGGUAGAACAGCAAGCCCAUGCUCAACAUGUCAGCAAACAAUUCGAGGACAUUGCCAUGCGCGAACAGGACAGCCUAACGAAGAUCCAGGCAACCAUGCACAGCUUGCAGACCACCAUGGAGCACAAUUUGCAGCAGACCAUGUCCCAGCACACAUGUAAGAUAGAUGCGCAGUUUGGUGAGUUGAAGCAGUUGUUCAUGCAACGAUCCAAAAGAAGGUCACCCGAGGCAGAUUCGGAGGCUUUGCCCACGUUUGCUUUGGUCACAGCCGGUUCCAGACCACAGGGUGAAAACAGAUGGCACCCCAUCCAUGCGGGGCAAAGCAUCAGGCGAGACUUCAACGGAAACCCAGAGCAAUGGGAACAAGGACUUUCGGGGGUCACGCAAGGGCUUUUGCAGAGCUCAGGAAUAGUGACCAAGGUUAGCCAAAAGCAGAUCUUGCAACAUCCGAAUGCCAUUGCAGCCGAACUUCAGAAUUUCUGGAACAAAUAUUGGAACCUCACAGAACAGCAGCUUAUCAUGUCGCCUGACCUUGUACCGGCUGCAGCGAUUGAUGAUUUAGCAGACGUACUGCUCAGUUACCACAAUGGUUUUCCAGCGUGGCUCAUGAUUGCCCGCACUACACCAGUGCCAAAGCAGACGGGAGCCGAUGGCCCAGGCAGGGGCCCCCUUGAUGCCGCCUAUGGCCAGCAAUUUCUCAUUGAGAGGGUUCACUCCAAGGGCGACGUCCUCUCCGGAGUCAGUCUUGACCUCGAAAAAUGCUUUAAUACCAGCUUUAGAUCUGUUUACCUGAUUUUUCGUGCCCUCAAAACAGCUAGGAGAUUCUUGCACCGCGCUCCUGCCGGGGUGCGGGAUGACUUCCUCACCCUUGUGGCCCGACACACAGGCAGAUUUCAGGAUUGUAAGGGGCCAGCCGGCACCUUAAAGUAUUAUCUUACGCGGUUGGGCUGGCAGAUGUCCCGACAUGCGAUGAUACAGGUAUCACACUUCAUUCAGAUCAAUCUGCUGACAGCCUCUCCUGCGGUCUUGCUGGACUGGACUGUUAAGGAGUGGCAAUCAACUUUGCUUCAACUGCAUAGUGAUCGGCAGGGCUGGAAAUGCCUACCACCCAUCAGCCGACGUGACACGAUUCAGGUGAUAGCACAGUUUCAGCCGCAUCAGCAGAAGCAGAUCCUUAAUGAAAUUGCCGGCGCAUUCCAAACCCAUUGCCAGCAAUCAGUAUGGAACAGCGAGGUCACUGAGGAAUGCAAUCUCUGUGGCCAGAUUGACACCAGGUACCACAGAGUUUUCACUUGUGCUGCCACUCAGCAAGUCCGAGAUGAGUUUGCUAGCACCAUGACUGCACUACUAGAUAUAGGUUUUGCGAUCGUGAUUGACUUGGCAGCCACAGAUGCGCAGAGACUUGAACAGGUUUCCAGGGCCAUGACUGGCCAUAAAGUGCAUACUCUAGCCCCACUGGCCACGGACGAACAACAUGAAGCAGAGGAUGCCACUCGACAGCGUCAAGACGUGAGGGCCAUCUGCAGCAACUACAGUUUGACCCAGGUCUGGAAGAUGCCCCCUGCGGGGCACUUGAUGAUACAGGCGUCAGCUUGGGGGCCAACACUUGCGAAGGACAUGUUGACAUGGAUGCGGUCAUUUCAAUGGCCGGUACGGCCAAGCCAGCAUGAGUUGCAAUCUGCAGGGGUCACUUGGUAUGAGUUGGUGAUUUCCUUCAUGCUCUUCACCGGG